AUGGCGUUUCGGCCUCGUAACAAUGCAUACAAUACUUAUGGCCCUUCCAGGACACCACGACCCCCUCCCGUUUUUAGGCCAGUUGUUAAUAACGUUGUCAACAAUGCACCUGCUUUUUGUUCCCAACAGAUUCCAGGAAAUUCUUACAGCAGAAACUCAAUUAGACAAGGCGUUCCACUGUCAGGACAGUCAUUUCCUAAUGGUCCAAACCAGACUGCUACCUCUAGUAACCGAAACAUGAAUAUCAUUUACAGUCCAUCAAAUAAUAAUGUUCUUGGCGUUUCAUCAAUGGAAUCAAAAGACAAGUUUUCUGACAAGUCAAGGUUAUGCAAUGAAGAAGCAGCUACAAGUAGGCCAUCAAUUUUAAAAAGGCCAUAUGAAAGUGAGCCUGCAGAUGUUCAAAGAACUAGUGUGCAAUCCUCCUUAAUUGCACCCUCAGUGUUGAGGACUAAUAGCAACAGACCUGGGGAUGAAAGAUCUGAUUCAAAUAGCAAGACAUCUCUUGUUCCAAGAAUGAACACUGUGAAACCUACCAAAGUACCUCUACCUAUAAGGAGCUCCAAGAAAGUUGAAGACGAUGAAGAAGAUGAUGAAGAUGAUACAUGCAAUGAGUCUCAGUGUAAAUUGUGCAAUGUCACAUUUGAAUCUGGAAAUGCCUACCACGUCCAUAUCAGAUUAACCUCUCACCUGCAAAAGAGCAUGUUGUACAAAGAGAAGAGGUUGUCAUCAUCCUGUGUGCAGAAUGUAACAUUGAAUGAGUUGCAUUGCAACAUAUGCAAUUUCACUUUCUCCAGCAAACAGGUGUUUAAUUGUCAUCUUCAUGGAUUGGCCCACCAGGCAGGAUUAAAACAAAUCAAAGAUGCACAUGACAAACAAAUUAAAGAGAAAGAGAAGCUGGAGUUGAUAAAUAAACUGAAGCAGGAAGCCAAACUGACGAGAAACAGGCAGCAUGUUGAGGCUCUGGAGUAUCUUGAGGCUAAUAAUCUCAUUGAAGAGGACAUGGUUUUUGGCAAUGAUAUUUUCUGCAAGGUGUGCGAAGUUAAAUGUUCUGGAUUCAUUUCAUAUAAAAAUCAUUUGGAUGGUGUGAAGCACAAAAAGAAAUUAAAGUUAAUUGGAAGCGGAUAUCCAAGUUGGAAAUUUUUCAUAUAUUACUUUUCAUUGCAGUAA